AUUUAUUUUGCGGAUUCCGUUCUUUUUUUCCUACGUUUUACAACCCCCAUCAUUGCAUGCCGAAUGAGAACGGAGAGAAAGAGAAAUUUAGCACAACGCAAAUCUAAAUCCAUUGCAUUGUCGUGACGGAUUUUCAUAAUUUUUUUUUGCAAUUAAAAAAAGCAACACCGAACGUUUCAUAUUCUAACAGUAAUAAUUGCAUAUUAAGUGCUGUAUAUAGCAUUUGUCAAAUUCUACGCCACUGAACUAGGAAAAAAAGCUCCUCAUAAAAUAAUAAUGCGCGCCAAAUGAAGAAGAAUGAGUAUAAAAAAAAUUGGCGAUCGCGUGACUUUUCCAUGCUCGCCAAAAACGCGAAAUAGCUAGCUAUGAGAGAGGCAAUAGAGAAUGACUCGAGUGGGGGUUGCUCAGCGAGUGGGAUGAGUUUUGCAAUAGUUCGCGCACAUUAGCAGAAUGAGUCAAUGAAUUUUUCAUGUUCUCCUUCGCAUCGACAAUAAAAUAAAAAUUGCUGUCCUCAAAGUACACGUUAGAAUAGCUCGCGAUAGUUUCGAAAAGGAUAUCAAAAGUCGUUAUAUUAUAUUUUUAUAAUGGCAAGAAAUGCAAAACAAGUGGACACGAACGAACAUUGACUGACGACAAAUUUUUUAUGGCAAAUACUCAACUAGCAUAGAGCUUAAUAAAUUAUGGAUGGAGGGAAAAUUUGCAAGUUUCUUGUUCUCGUUUUAAAUAAUUUAAAAAUAAUUAAUUUUUAUUCUCUUUUCUUCUACAGGCAAACGACUUGUAAUUGUGCAAAAUUAAUCGAUAAUUAAAUAAUAAUUGCGAUAAACUGGAUGCGAUAAGGGUCGUAGACCACAAAAAAGACGGAAAAAUUGAGUCCAACGGGAACGGAAGCAUAAUAAAGAUGGGUAGUGGAAAUGAGACAAAGAAUGGUGCCACAAAGAGUGGCACUGGAGUGUGGUCAUCAGAUGGACAUGGCUAUUGCCUUAGAUGGAAUAAUCACAAAUCGAAUCUCGUUGAAAUACUUGAAGCACUUAUCAAAAUGGAAUGUUAUGUUGAUUGCACAAUAUAUGUUGAUGAUCGUGUGCAGUUUAAAGCACAUCGUGUUGUAUUAGCCGCAUGCUCACCAUACUUUCAAGCAAUUUUACAGGAUGCUCCACAAGAUCAUUGUAGUUUAAUUUUCCCAGGUGUUAAGGAAUUCGAAAUGAGAACACUUUUAGAGUACAUUUAUGUUGGCGAAGUUAACAUCGCUGAAUCACAGUUACACAGAAUAAUCAAAAUUGCAAAAAUGCUUGAAGUCAAAGGACUUCUUGACAUGGUUGAUCUCACAAAUAAUAUAAGUCAACAGCAACAACAGCAGCCAAUACCAAGUCCACAGAAUAAUAGCAAUCUCUUUAGAAGUGAACGUGAACCAAAUCCAUUAUCAGAUCAUAAACGUGAUCAAAUAGCAUAUCCACUUCAUCCACUAACACAUUCAUCGCCAAUCAUUUCAACGUCAACAAAGAUCUCAUCAGCACAGAGCUCAUCAUCACCACCGUACAAUUAUAAAUCACCAUAUGCAGCAAGUAUUUUCUCACAAAGCUCGAGUGGAUCACGCGAAAUAAUUGGAGCUGGCAUACCAAAGCAACAAGACAUUAUGGAUGACGAAAGAAAUAGAAAUUGGCCAUCACCUUUACCUUUAUCCCUUUCACGAUCUGCUCAAUCAACGCUCAGCUCUGUCUAUGAAACUGGUUCCGAUAUGAAUCCAUUAAAACGUAAAAAAUUAUCAUCAAUUAGUUCAAUGCUCAUGACUCGAGAUACUCCAAUCUUACGUAAUGUUCUUGCUCAAUCCAUUGCUGCCGAUUCAUCAAAUAAUGCACUUCAAAUGAUUGCAAAUGCAUCAAGUCCAACACGUGCUAGUAAUAAUGGCGAUGGUGAAGAUGGCAAUGGAAAUGGAACUGAUAACAUGGAUCACAAUGACACAAAUAAUAACGAAAAUAAUGGCAAUGGAAAUAAUUUAGAUGAUUCUAAUGUUGGAAAUGUAAGUGGCGGAAACGGAUCAGUUUAUGUGAGUUAUGGCAGAAAAAGUGGUGCACGUAGUUAUCACUCAUCGAAUGGAAGCGACAAUUCCGAAAAGGUAAACAUAAUUAUUUUAAUAUUUCAACAAUUUUUUUUCACAAAAAUUUUUUUUUUUAUGUCCACACAGAAAUUUAAAUAUGAAGAACCGGCAUCACCUUUCACUGACAAAUCAUUUGAUGACGAAUCAAAUAGUGAUCGACGCCCACGUGAAUCACCACCAGAAUUUUUAGGCGAUAUUAGACUUCCAUCUUAUCUACAGCAACAACAGCAGUUCCAACAAGCACAAUAUCAACAUCACAGUCAAGGUAGUGGAGGUAAUGGUAGUGCUUCUGGUUCACAAAAACCGGAAUGGAAGCGCUACAAACAAUAUACCAGAAAUGAUAUUAUGUCAGCUAUUGAAUGUGUUCGCAAUGGAAUGAGUGCGCUUCAGGCAAGUCGCAAAUUCGGUGUGCCAUCGCGUACAUUAUAUGAUAAGGUGAAAAAGUUGGGUAUUACAACAGGAACACCACGCAAUAGAUCUACAUCUAAACGAGAACCAGGUCCAAGUUCAAGCAGUGCUGCAUUCCCAUAUGGUUCAUUAAGCGGAGCUGCUGGAGCAUUUGGCUUAUAUCCAAACCAAGACAAUCAAUUAUCAACAUCACAAGACUUUGAUUCAGAAAUGGAAGUUGAAAACAUGAAACAUCACCGACCAAGUCCACAUGCAAGCCUUCUUGAUCCAAUUUUCUUACAGAAAUUAGCAGCAGAAGCUCGUAGCGAAGAUUUUAGAGGUGAUGCUUUACAUGCAAUGGCUCUUGCAGCAGCAGCACAUGCUCAAUUCAAUGGAAUGGGAACAAGUUCACGUGGACAUGAUCCAACCACAGCCAGUGUAUUAUCAAAAUUUAUUAAUCGUCAUGAUAAUGAUGAACGAGAAGAACGAGAACGGGAUAGAGAUCGCGAACGAGACAGAGAGAGGGAGCGUGAAAGGGAGAGAGAUAGAGAGCGAUAUGAAAGAGAACGAGAACGUGAAAGGAAUCGAUCGAAUGGUGAACAAUCAUUAAUUAAACGUGAACCUGCAGAAGAGAUUGAUGAUGAGAUGGAAGAGAUUGAUAGAGCAGAAAAUUUGUCAGUUUUAAGACGUGAAUCUCCACCACACAUGACUCCACCGAUUCCACAUACACCGCCAUUUGAGAAUCGCGGUGUUAUUGUGCCACCAAUGAAGUAUUUAUCACCUAGAUCCGAACCUUCAUCGACCACACCACCAAAUGUUAUGGAUCAGCCAUUAGCACUCGACACGAAUGAAUUAAAGCAGAAAUUUGCUGAAACUGGUGUUGCAUUGACUCCAACAACCACAGCAAAUUAUGAUGAGUAGAAUGCAUUUAUCUCAAUAGACAUAUUCACUCUCAUCAGGUUUUUGUUCCUAUAGAAAAUAUACAAAUCGUUCCUUUUAACCUCCUUUGUUUACUUUCUCUAUCUCUCAAAUCAAAAUUAAUCCUUACUAUCCUUUUGUGGACCAACAUUAUCGAAACGAAGACAUUCUUAAAAGAAUAUUAGUAAAAAAAAGAAUAAUAAUUUGAACACUCAACCGCAUGCAAACAACUACCUCGUACUAAUUAGAUCAUUAGUGAUUAAAAAAACUUUUUUUACAAUUAUUUCUUCUCAUUUGAAAGUUAUCACAUUUCUAUCUAAUAUAAUUCUACAAUUUAAGUUCAAAAUACAAAAAUGUAACGAUUCAGGUAUAGAUUAAUAUAUACAUUUUUAGUUUCAAUUAUUUUUUUAUACUUAUUAUUACUAUUAUUAUUUUUAUUUUUACUGAAAAAAGAAAAAAAGCUCGGGUAAACUAUGUAACUGUUUUCACCACCGUGUCUUAAUAUUAUGGAAAUAUAAUUAUUAAGAACUGCAUAAAUACAAUUAAAUGAAUUUAGGAUUAAUAGUACAAUAUCAAAAAAAAAAAAGCGUUAAGUUGAUUGUUGUCUUAAAUGUGAAAGAUGUUUAAAUCACAAAGGAUUAUAUGAAAUGUUAAUGUUGUGAUAAUUAUAGAAUCACAUUUUCUAAGUUUUUAUAACAAAAUUUUUUGAAUAGUUUGCACGCAAUGAAGAUUUUCGAUCAGCUCAAAGAAUAUUAAAAGAUUUAUAAAGUUUGAAUUGUUAAAAUAAAGCUUCUUAAGAGAUGCUGAAUUGAGCUGAAUAGUGCUGAAUUGAGAUUUUUGUAAGUUGAGCUGUAUUUACUUCAAUUCAGUUCAAUUCAGCUGAGUUGUACUAAAUCGCGCUGAAUUAAACAAAAAAUGCAUUAGAUUGUUUUGAGUUCUUUAGAAUUGGAAAUUUAAACUGCAUUCAGCUAAGUGUGUCAAGCUAGUAGCUGAAUAUUGCUGAAUUGAGGAUCAGAAAACUUUAUUGCAAACAUCACAACCAAAAUCCAGUUACUGUUAAAAAAACAAGCUGAUUAAAACAAAAAACACAAGUGUCUUAUAGAAAAGUGCUACAAAAAUCAUUCAAUAAUCAAUCUUGGACUUAAUUCUUUAGAAAACAAAACAAUUACUAUUAUCACUUUUAUUUUCUUAGAUGUUAAGGAUGAAAUUAUGAAAUGUAAAUGCGUACUCAAGCGUUAAUCACACAUACACAAAAGAGAAAAACGUGAAAGAUUCUUUUUUUGAAAAAAUCAGGACUUUAAAUUUAUAUAUUUUUUUUUGUAUUUAUAUUAAUUUAACUUGUAAGGGGUGCAAUAACUUCACGUACAGAUUUUUUUUUCUUUUUCUUUUAUUCUUAAUUUUUAUAAUUGAAUAUUUUUCAUUAACUAUGAGAGUUCUGAUUUUUGAGCCAUUGAUUAGUCUUUGGAACGAAUAAGCCAACAAUAUUCCGAAUAAUUUGUGAUGCACAAUCAAAUCGAGAUUCUAGCACAAAUGUACAUUCGGAUGCCAUAAUAGAAUUUCGCCAUAUAAUAAUAGUAAUAAUGCUGGAGAGGUUCAGUUCUUUCCGGCUUCAAAUUUGUCGUUGAUUAGUUUAAUAGUUCAAUUUUCCAUAUUUCUUUGCUAACUCACUUUAUGAUUAAGUCGAUUAAGAUAUCGGCUCUAAAUUCGACAACAGACAAUUUAGCAGGAAAACAUAAUUUUUAAUCUUAAUUUUUAUUUACAAAGACUGAAUACUAUUUAGUAAGUUUUUAGCAUGAAUUCCGUUUUGUAAUUCGUAUUCGAUCGCGUAACUGAUAAGAAUGAUUAGGUCUUAAUUAUUAAACUCUAAUUUUUUUAAAUAUAAUUUUCAUUUUACUUCUUUUUUAUCCCUUUUUUUUAAAUUUAGAAUUUUUGUUAUUACGAAAAAAAGAGACGGGGCAAUAAUGCAAUAAUUUUAAUUUUAAAAAAAAAUCUUUUAUGCUCAGCUGUUAUCUUUCAUAAAACGUAUAUAUAUAUAUCAUAAAACACAAUGCACUUACGAAAGAAAUGAGGAGAAAAAAAACCAAUUUAUAAUAAGAUGAGAAAAAAAAAACAUUGUGAUUAAAAUUAAAUGGAUUUAAUAAACUAAAUGGACUGAUAGAAACUACAUAUAAACUUUUUCACAUAAAAUCUUAGUUUUAAUUGAAGAGAAAAAAAUUAUAAAUAAAAUUAAAUUAUGUGGAAAAAUGAGCAUA